AUGUCGUUCUAUUUCUGUUUGGAGUUCAGUACUGGAGAGCUCAUUUGCACUGAAACUCCAAAACCAGAGAGUUUAUUUAUGGUUUGUUAUACAAGCGGAAGCACAGGCAUACCCAAAGGGGUGAAAAUCACACAUCAGUGUGUUGUAAAGACUAUUCAAAGUUUAUUUCAACGACUUGAAGGAGAUAUCUUUAAUAAUACUGCUUCACAUCUAUCUUAUUUACCUUUGGCUCAUAUAAUGGAACAAAUGAUUUCUCUGUCUACUCUCCUGGUUGGCGCUAGAAUCGGUUUUCUAACCAAGAAUAUUCAAGGAUUACUCGCCGAUUUACAAGCUGUCAAACCACACUUUUUUUUCACUGUUCCUCGCGUUUUGUCUCGGUUGUAUUCAGUUGCAAUGGAGAAGGUUUCAUCUGUUCCUUUACUACCUAGCAUAUUCAAUUAUGCAGUUGAAUCUAAAGUUGCAGAACAAGAAAAAAAUAUAUACGACAAUUCAAGUAUUUGGGAUUUUAUAUUCUUCAAUAAAAUUAGACAAACUUUGGGUGGUCGUGUCAAAGUAAUAGUUUCUGGUAGUGCACCCGUUGCAAAUGAAAUUUUACGUUUUACACGGGGAGUUUUUGGCUGUCCAGUAAUAGUUGGCUAUGGUUUUAGUGAAUCAUGUGGCGUUAUUAGUCUUACAUUGUUUGGCGAUAAAAGCCUGGGUCAUGUCGGUGCUCUUAUUCCAGGAAUUUCAGCCAAACUGGUAGAUGUACCGUAUAUGGGUAUCAGCGUUGAGAAAAUGAAAAUGGGUGAAGUAUGUGUCAAAGGCCUAAAUUGUACUCAGGGGUAUUACGGCGAUGAAGAAAGCACAAGACAGCUCAUUGACAAAGAUGGAUGGUUGCAUACUGGUGAUAUUGGCACUUGGACGAAAGAAGGUUCUUUAAAAAUUGUCGACAGGUGUAAAAACAUAUUUAAACUCUCACAAGGCGAGUAUAUUGCACCAGAAAGAUUGGAAAAUAUCUAUCAACUCAGUCCACUAGUUGAACAAAUCUUUGUUGAUGGCAAUUCAUUUUACGAUUUUCCAAUAGCUGUAGUUGUACCAAAUAUCAAAGAGUUGACUAAACGCAUACUGUCUAAGGCGAAUUUCAAUGACUCAUUGUUAUUGAACAGUAAUAAAGAAGAGACUGAGGCUUCCAAAUACAAAUUGGAUGAUUCUAAUCCAAUAGUCGAUACUCCAACGUUAUGUUCGCAGCCUGCAGCACGUAAAAUUGUCGUUUCAGAAUUAGAAAAUUUAGGAAAGAAAAGAGGACUAAAAGGAUUUGAGAUAAUUAAACGUGUUUACCUUUCUUCGAUUCCAUUCACUGUGGAAAAUGGUUUAGUCACAUCCAAUUUCAAACUAGCGAGAUCUCGACUACGGGAAACCUUCUCAGAUAGAUUACGCGAGUAUAUUGCACCAGAAAGAUUGGAAAAUAUCUAUCAACUCAGUCCACUAGUUGAACAAAUCUUUGUUGAUGGCAAUUCAUUUUACGAUUUUCCAAUAGCUGUAGUUGUACCAAAUAUCAAAGAGUUGACUAAACGCAUACUGUCUAAGGCGAAUUUCAAUGACUCAUUGUUAUUGAACAGUAAUAAAGAAGAGACUGAGGCUUCCAAAUACAAAUUGGAUGAUUCUAAUCCAAUAGUCGAUACUCCAACGUUAUGUUCGCAGCCUGCAGCACGUAAAAUUGUCGUUUCAGAAUUAGAAAAUUUAGGAAAGAAAAGAGGACUAAAAGGAUUUGAGAUAAUUAAACGUGUUUACCUUUCUUCGAUUCCAUUCACUGUGGAAAAUGGUUUAGUCACAUCCAAUUUCAAACUAGCGAGAUCUCGACUACGGGAAACCUUCUCAGAUAGAUUACGUUUGUUGUACGAAGAAGCCAGCGCAUAA